CCGCCCAAACUUCGCACCAUUAGAUCGAUCCUUUGACAUCUUACACCUCUCGACAUCAAUCACCAUCACUAGCAGGCCUUGGGCAAGGCACUGCAUCAACAUCUACCUACGCGACCCCCUACUACCCACCUCGCUCUCGGGCCUCGGGCACUCCCACACACAAGCCGACCCCGAGCCUUCUUGGCGCCCCCCAAACCCAACUCGAGAGGGCAGAGUCGACCCCGCCGCCGUGCCCGGACUCGACCUCGACCUCGCCUUGCCCAAUUAUUAGCAUCGCACCCACUCCCCACCCCCACCACCGCACCGCCCGAUGCAAGCGUACGACCCGUACGACCGGCGGACCUCGGCGCCCUCAUGGCCGACACAGCAGCAACCCCCUCCACCGCAACCACAAAGGGAGUGACGUACCCCCAUCCGUCGGCGGCGGCGGCCAAGGCAAACGUGCCGCUGGAAUCGUCGACAUCGUCGCGCGCCAAGCCGUCCACCGCGGCCUGCGCGUACCCCGAGCGAUGCGUCUUCUGCAACGUCCAAGUCGACGACAUCAUCAAGACGAUGCCCCCGUUCCUCCAUCCGCCGACCGAGGCGCGCAUGAAGGGCGCGGACAAGGCUUCGCGGUGCGCCAAGUAUAUCCGGAGCGACGACGGCAAGAUCCUCAUCACGGCCGUCUCGUGGAAAGCCAGCGGCGUGAACAAGGUUCUCACACGAGAACAACUGUGCAACGCAUGGUAUGUCCUCACGAAUAACUUUUUACUGUGCGCGUGCGUCAUGAGCGGCUUGAAGCGGGCCUGGGCGGACGGCAUUUUCCUGGGCAAUGCAGAGAGAGACGCGGGCGAGUGCAGGACACAGGCGUGGAGAAUAGUGCAGAAGCGGAAACGGAUAGACGACUUCAUCUGGUCGCUGCACGAGCUCGAGGAGACGCGGACAGCGCCAACGAGCUUCAACCACGACCAGGCAGCGGCGCUCGAGCUGGCCGCGGCGUCAGACUACCGCGAAAAGCUGCUCACAGGCGACGGGUACUCGCUCGGCGCAGAGUGGAUCCGGCUGCGCGACGGGCUCGUGGCCGUCGGCGGCGAGUACUACAAGCAGCUAGGGCCCAUCCUCCCCUUCCCAACGGACAAUGCCGAAGAGCACGAACCCUUACCGGCGUACUCGAAAUAAACGCGUGCCCGCCCGCUCUCACGGGCCGUUUCAAAACGGCGUCGAAGGCGACACAGUCACCGACCCCAUACCGUCAGGCCAGGCCAGGCCCAUACCCCCGCGAUCCAUCAGACCCUCAUACCCCUCGGUUGUACAGCACUGUUUGUAUACUACGCACAGGGUGUGUAUUAGACUACUACCCUGCAUAGGCGCGAGGCCACAGCAUGCGACGAUCAUGAU